AUGGGUGCAGCUCUCAACCGUAUUGUAUCUUCUUUGCAGAAAAGUGGAACAUUGAUCAACUCUUUAAUUGCUGCUUUGACUAUUGGUGGGCAACAGCUGUUCUCCUCUUUCACAUUCAGAUGUCCCUGUCAGGUUGGGAAAAACUUCUAUUAUGGUUCUGCUUUCCUAGUCAUCCCUGCCCUGAUCCUUCUGGUUGCCGGCUAUGCUCUGAGAAGCCAAAUGUGGACAAUUUCCAACGAAUACUGCUGCAAAUGUGCCCCUCCACACCGAAGAAUCAGCCUCCUGGAGCGCAAGCUGGCAUGCCUUAGGUUCUGCAGCAUCACCGGGAGGGCACUCAUUGCUCCAUUGACGUGGCUGGUGACGACCCUGAUGACAGGCACGUACUACGAAUGUGCAGCAAGUGAAUUUGUAUCUGUGGACCAUUACCCAGUGUUUGACAACAUCAAUGCCAGCAAACGGGAAGAGAUCUUAGCUGGGUUUCCAUGUUGCACAUCAGCUCCAUCUGACAUGAACCUGGUAAGAGAUGAGGUAUCACUUCUGCACAGAUACCAGUCACAAAUGCUGGGCUGGAUUUUGAUCACCUUGGCAAGCAUCACUGCCCUGGUCUCCUGCUGUGUGGUCAGAUGCUGCUCGCCCCUCACCUCUCUGCAGCACUGCUACUGGACCAACCACCUGCACCAGGAGAGGGAGCUCUUCGAACAAGCUGCCGAGCAGCACUCGCGCCUCCUCGUCCUGCAGCGCAUAAAGAAACUAUUUGGCUUUGUUCCUGGAAGCGAGGAUGUGAAGCACGUACGUAUUCCUUCGUGUCAGGACUGGAAAGAUAUUUCAGCACCCAGUCUUCUCUGUUUGGGUAAAGACUUGCAAGGUCACUAUAGCUUCCUUGGGGACCAGGAACAUGAAGAUGAGGUUAAUGAAGAAAGCAAAUCAAGAGGUAUUGAAUUAAAACCUUGA